UCCCUUCCUGUCCGUGUGGGACUGCUGAUCUAUCCGCGGGACCCAUAUGGCGAGAAAUCACUGCUCUUUCCCUUAACUCUUUUGGCAGCAAAUGAAUGCGUUAUUUCUCCCCAUCUGCUGUCGCUGGCUUACGGGACACAUAACAAAAUGAACUGACUAUGGUGCCUUUUGGAUAUAUUCUACCUUUCUUCGACAAACCACGGGGUUUAGAUUUACUGUACAAAGUGCGGGUUGCGGUCGGAAUUGCAGCAGUCUCGGUUACGUUACUAAGGUGACUAUAAAGUCAUGAGAUCAUCAGCAUCCCGUUUAUCAAGUUUUUCGUCAAAAGAUUCCCUAUGGAGCCGAAUGCCGGAUCAGAUCUCAGUGUCCGAGUUUCUUUCGGAGACUACGGAGGAUUACAACUCCCCCACGACGUCCAGCUUCACUACCCGCCUGCAGAGCUGUCGGAACACCGUCAAUGUCCUGGAAGAGGCUCUGGACCAGGAUCGAACUGCGCUCCAGAAGGUGAAGAAGAGCGUCAAAGCCAUCUACAACUCGGGACAAGAGCACGUGCAGAAUGAGGAGAACUACGCACAAGCGCUGGACAAGUUCGGCGGCAACUUCAUCACCCGGGACAACCCCGACCUGGGCACCGCCUUCGUCAAGUUCUCCACGCUCACCAAGGAGCUGUCCUCGCUCCUCAAGAACCUGCUCCAGAGCCUCAGCCACAAUGUGAUCUUCACCCUGGACUCGCUGCUGAAGGGGGACCUCAAGGGAGUGAAGGGGGAUAUCAAGAAGCCGUUCGAUAAGGCGUGGAAGGACUACGAAGCCAAGUUCACGAAGAUCGAGAAGGAGAAGCGGGAGCACGCUAAGCAGCACGGGAUGAUCCGCACGGAGAUCACCGGCGCCGAGAUCGCCGAGGAGAUGGAGAAGGAGCGCCGGCUCUUCCAGCUGCAGAUGUGCGAGUACCUGAUCAAAGUCAACGAAAUCAAGACCAAGAAGGGGGUGGACCUUCUCCAGAACCUGAUCAAGUAUUACCACGCACAGUGCAACUUUUUCCAGGAUGGCCUGAAGACUGCGGACAAGCUGAAGCAGUACAUAGAGAAGCUGGCUGCUGACCUGUACAAUAUAAAACAGACGCAGGACGAGGAGAAGAAGCAGCUGACAGCCCUGAGGGAUCUCAUCAAGUCCUCCCUGCAGCUGGACCAGAAAGAGGACUCUCAGAGCAAGCAGGGUGGAUACAGCAUGCAUCAGCUGCAGGGAAACAAGGAGUUUGGCAGUGAGAAGAAGGGAUAUCUGAUGAAGAAGAGCGAUGGGUUGCGGAAGGUGUGGCAGAGGAGGAAGUGUUCGGUGAAGAGUGGCAUCCUCACCAUCUCCCACGCCACGUCCAACAGGCAGCCUGUGAGACUCAACCUGCUCACCUGCCAGGUCAAGCCCAGCGGCGAGGACAAGAAGUGCUUCGACCUCAUUUCCCAUAAUCGGACGUAUCACUUCCAAGCUGAAGAUGAACAAGAGUUUGUGAUCUGGAUCUCGGUGCUGACCAACAGUAAGGAGGAGGCCCUGAACAUGGCGUUCCGCGGGGAGCAGACGGCGGGGGACGACAGUCUGGAGGACCUGACCAAGGCCAUCAUCGACGACGUGCUGCGCACGCCCGGCAACCAGAUCUGCUGCGACUGUGGGGCUGCGGACCCAAAAUGGCUGUCAACCAACCUGGGGAUCCUGACGUGCAUUGAGUGCUCUGGGAUCCACAGAGAAAUGGGCGUGCACAUCUCACGCAUCCAGUCCAUGGAGCUCGAUAAAUUAGGAACUUCCGAACUCUUGCUGGCCAAGAACAUAGGAAACUCUAGUUUUAAUGAAAUUAUGGAAGGAAACCUUCCCUCUCCCUCACCGAAGCCUACCCCAUCCAGCGACAUGACGGUGCGGAAGGAGUUCAUCAACGCCAAGUACGUGGACCACAAGUUCGCCCGCAAGAACUGCAGCUCCGCAGCCGCCAAGAUGGGCGAGCUGUGCGACGCCGUCAAGUCCCGCGCCCUGCUGUCACUCGUCCAGGUCUACGCCGAGGGGGUGGAGCUAAUGGAGCCGCUGCCCGAGGCCGGACUGGAACCUGGAGAAACUGCACUCCACUUCUCUGUCCGGACUGCAGACCACACCUCCCUGCACCUGGUCGACUUCCUGGUACAGAACAGUGGGAAUCUGGAUAAGCAGACGGAGAGGGGGAACACAGCGCUGCACUACUGCUGUCUGUAUGAGAAACCUGAAUGCCUCAAGCUGCUGCUGAGGGGAAAACCAGCCACCGACAUCACCAAUCAGGGUGGGGAGACUGCACUGGACAUUGCCAGGAGACUGAAGAACUCCCAGUGUGAAGAACCGCUGGUGGAGGUGGCUGCUGGGAAGUUUAACCCCCACGUGCACGUGGAGUACGAGUGGAACCUGCGUCUGGAGGAGAUCGACGAGAGCGAUGAUGACCUGGACGACAAGCCCAGCCCCAUUAAGAAGGAGCGCUCGCCCCGCCCCCAGAGCUUCUGCCACGCCUCCAGCGUGUCCCCCCAGGACAAGCUGUCCCUGCCGGGAUACUCCGCCCACCGCGACAAGCAGCGGCUGUCCUACGGGGCGUUCACCAAUCAGACCUACAGCGCGUCCACCGACUCGCCCACGUCCCCCACCGCCGACGCCCCGCCCCUGCCCCCCAGGAACGCCGGGAAAGUGCCGGUUCUGGCUUUCCCUGGUUCUCCGACGUCACACUACGCCUCUUUCUCUGGCGCCCGGCCGUGCAUCAGCACUCCCUCCUCCUCCUCCGGCCCCCCCUCCUCCCUGCCCCUGGGCUCCCAGACCCCCGGGGGGAGCUCCACCCUGUCCAAGAAGAGGCCGCCGCCCCCUCCCCCCGGGCACAAACGCACCCUGUCCGACCCGCCCAGCCCGCUGCCUCACGGUCCGCAGGGCAGAGGCGGGAUCCCCUGGGGAAACGACUCCACCCCCCCUCCCGCAAACAGGACAUCCCCUGCAAGCAAGUUCGAGGGCAUUCCGCAGCUGCAAAGUGCUACUUCUAGUAACACAAAAUCUACACUUGGUCCAAGGGUUCUUCCCAAUCUACCUCAAAAAGUGGCAUUACGGAAAAUCGACACCAUCCAUCUCCCCUCUGUGGACAAGCCGAGCCAGCCUCCCGAGCCCUUCCAGAAGCCUCCGCAGACCGCGGAGACGCCCCAGAAGACCCCCCUGGCAGAGAAGCCCCAACUGAGCGACCUGCCCCCCAAACCCCAGGUCUCCGACCUGCCCCCGAAGCCCCAGCUGUCCGACCUGCCCCCCAAACCUCUGCUGGGGGACCUGCCCCCCAAGCCCCAGCUCAAGGACCUCCCGCCCAAACCGCAGUUCUGCGACACUCCGCCGAAGCCCCCCGCCCCCGCCGCUGCCCCGGGCGCCGCUGCCGAACCCGUCCCCAAGCCCCCGCCCGGCGAGGUGGCGCCCAAACCGCAGCCCCCGUCCGAAGAGCCGGCCUCCGGCCAGCAGGGGGAGCUGUCUCCCAAACAGCCCAGCGACGAUGCUAACGGCAGCCCCGCGGGCGCCUCCGAGAUGCCCGUCCCCCUGCCCCGGAAGAUCAACACGGGAAAGACCAAAGCCAGGCGGGUGAAGACCAUCUAUGACUGUCAGGCGGACAACGACGACGAACUGACCUUUGCGGAGGGCGAGGUCAUCAUCGUGACCGGAGAGGAGGACCAGGAGUGGUGGAUCGGUCACAUCGAGGGGCAGCCGGAGCGGAAGGGGGUCUUCCCCAUGUCUUUCGUGCACAUCCUAUCAGAAUGACCCUGGGGGCGGGACCGUGUGAGGCCCCUCCCUCUAGCACAAGCUCCGCCCCGCUCCCGCCUCACACCAGACUGAGGACUCCCACCUCUGUACAUAGCUGCUGUCGCAACCACAAAACGAAAAAAACGAAAAACGGUAACUAAGAAGAAGCUCGCCCUGGCUUACCUCGCCACAGAUUGCGAAGUACAUGCGUAUUGUAAAUAAACCGCGUUACCCUGCCUUUUCCAGUAUUAUCAUAGCCUCGGAGCCUGGUAAGCCUUACCGGGUUUGCCGUAGCCAUCCUUGGAGUUUAGCACUUAACUAUACAUCUGUUGAUGCUGUUACCGUAUGUAUGUGUAUACAUAUAUUUAUGUAUGUAUAAACUUGUUAGUGUGUAUAUAUAUAUGCUCACGUAUGUGUGUACAGACAUACAUAUGUUCCUGUAUGUAUUUAUGUACAUAUACAUGUGUGCACACAUGAUUCCUUGCCUGCUAAGAGAGGCAGUCUUAUUCCAGUUCUGUCCAUGUUAGCUCGACUGUUUACCUUCAGACUCAUCUCUUUGUGUUCCUGGAAUCCUGGGAAACGUGGGCAGAGGCCACUACGUUAGGAGCAGUUUAGUCUAUCGGUCCUGCAUUCUCUCCCCAAGGGGAGCACUUGACUGGGAAAACAAAGUAAAUGUUGUUUUUUUUUAAAAUAUCAAAUCUUCCUACAGAGGCACGUUGAAGGAUGAAAUAUAUAUUCACGAUGUUGAUCCUUAAUAUUUGCUUGUUUAGUAUUUUAAAAAUUGUGAAGUUAACCUCACAUUCCCUGGGGGCGACUGUCCCCGGCGACGGAAGCGGAGUGUCUGUCAAGCGUUAGCAACAGUCUGGGGGCGGGGCUUCACCUACGUGUCACAACUGCGAUUCAAAAACCACUACUAUCAUUCCGCACUGAGAGAGACCGUCUCACCCUGCGUGCCACAUCGUCUGUUAUACUGCUCUCAAGGGCUGAUACAAUAUACUGGUUGUCGUGUUGCUGCCUCCACUUUACCCUAGACGACAGUGGGGCUGUAACUCCCCAGUGGUGGCAGGUUAACGUGCGAUAAUGGACCCCCUGGAAGCUACUGGACCAUCCACCCCCGCCCCCCCCCCCCAUAAGGUGCAUGUCCCUCCCCCCUCCACCACUGGAAGCUACCAUCUUGGUACAGCCCCCCCCCCCCCAGUGCACCCCCCUGCCACCACUGGAAGCUAUCACCUUGGUACAGCCCAUGAGUUGAAUGGGUGAGCAGCACGGGGAAGUGGCACGUUUGACCCCGCGACCUCUGACACAGACUUGAGUGAAGCACUGACCUCACGGUGCGAGAAACCCUCACCUGGACUCCACAGCAGGACAGUCCCACAGACACACUCCCCACACCCGGGAGGUCCUCAUUUUCUCAACUGGUUUCUGGACAUUUUAGCCUUUGUAGUAUCAGUCCAGUUCCUCUCCAUUUUCUUUUUUUCUCCGAGAGGCGUGAGCAGUGACGGACCAAGGUAUUAACAAAAAAAAAAAAAAAAAAAAAAAAAAAAGAUCCUCAACCGCAUCUCAGUAGCUGUGUUUUAAUUUCAUUGGGCUAGGCCAGUGGGAAUUACAUUAGAUAUUAAACUCAUUUAUGUAUUAACAAGAGAUAAUGUAUUACUACGUGAAUGCUUCCUGUAUUAUAUUUAAUGUUAAAUGACCCUGUGAUACACUCUUCCAUAUAUGACAAAUUGGCAAUUAUAUAUAAUAAUUGCAACUCGGGGUGUUGAACAUACAGUAAUUUUUUUUAUAUGUAGGAUAUGAUUUGUCCAGCAGUACAUUAACUGCCUGACCUGAAAACAUGAGCUCACUAUUAAAAAGGAUCACAUUAUUCAUUCCUUUUACAAAAGAUGCAGUUUACUUGGUGAGUAAAUACAGUGUUGUAACGGCGUAACCUCGGCCUACAGGAACAGAACGGUUCAUGUCGGGGUUUGGGGUGGGGGUGGGGUGGUGAUGAGUGCAAUGCUAGUUUAGUGAAUAUUUAUUUCAUCCAGAAUUUUACGAGGGUCCGAGAUGAGAUGGGAACGGCAUAAUCUCUCUUCGUCCGCCCGUUUGUAAACUUCUGUUUUAGAAGACACGUCUCUGUUGACGCGUGUCGCCCUUUCUGUUUUUUUUUUUACAUGUUUAACUGUGACGACUGGAGUCCGUUGUAAGCCUGCAUAUUUUAUGACCCGCCCCGUCCUGUAUCUCACGCUCCGGUGUCCGUGUUUUAGCUCCGCUGUUUGAAUUAGAACACCUCGGAAGGCGCUCCGCCUCCCAUUACUCCAUUUGAUCCAUUAAUAAAGGUUUUAUGUUGUAAAAAGCA